UUACCUAUGGUAUGACGCAUUUAUUUCAAGAUGGCGGACGAAGAGGACUCAGUUGAAGAAUGGAAUACAGGUCAAAAUGAACAGUUAUCACCCAUGAUGCAAGCUAGUGUACAAGCUAUGGUGGAUUUUGCUCAAAACAAUGACUCUGGUUGUAUUAAAGAAGAACCAUCCAGUCCUGAUGAACAGUUUAGAAAUUAUAAUAAUGAAGAUAACGAUGAUCCAGAGACAAUGGAAGCAAAGCAAAACAGAAGGGUAGCACACAGUGUUGCUGAACAGAAACGCAGAGAUGCCAUAAGGAAAGGUUAUGAUGAUCUUCAAAUGGUUGUUCCACUUUGUCAUCAACAAAAUGGUGCAGCAGGAAGUCAAAAGCCCAGUAAGGCAGUUAUUUUACAGAAAACCAUUGACUAUAUUGGAUACAUGAUAAAUGAGAAAAAGAAAAAUGACGAGGAACUUGAAAAACUGAGAAAGGAAGUGAUGGCAUUUAGGAUAAUGAAGGCAAACUAUGAAUCAAUCGCCAUUGCWCACCAAAACCAGCCCAAUCCAGGACAACAAGCAGUUCCUGAACAAAUCAAGUUUAAUGUGUUCAAGCAAGUGAUGGAAAAGCAGUUUGCAACAUUUGACUCAACAGUGAAUAUUACAGAUUUUGAUAGUCUUUCAUCAGGAACAUUUAAUUGGCUGGAAGAAUAUUGUCAGCCUCAGUACUUUACAGAAUCAGUUUUGAGAUAUCUACGAGAUCUCAGUGACCAGGGUUUGCUGCAGUCAUAAUUCAAGUAAAAGACAGAAACUAUUUAUUUCGAGUAUGAUGGAGGCAAAUAACACAGCACAAUAUCCUCUCCUCUUUGUGAUAUCAUACCAAAACAAUUAUGUGCUGAUGCUAUCGCUAGAAUGGAUACCUUGAGAAGCAGAGAUAUAGAUUUACAUUGUACAGCUAAUACCAUUUCAACAGCAACAGCAUUCUGUGACUGGCAUUUCMUCUAAAAUCAAGACAGGCUCAAUAUAUCAAGGCAGGACCUGUUUUCAUCUCCAUUGGCUUCCUCAGUGAAAUUCCUUUUAUUUCUUCAAAGAUUUUCAAGAUGUUAUUUGUACUUCCAUAUUUAUUAAUCCUUCUCCUGUCGUGAACCUUCCAACCACUGUAAUUACAUCAUCCAGUUCUCUGACCAGUUUGUACAGUUUCCAAAUAAUAUUAUUGUAUUCAAGUGGCAAACAUCAACAGUGUAACCCACACCAGAAUGAACAUCAUGUUUAGUAGAGGGACUGCAGAGCCUGGGGAGAGGAGUAUGCAGCCACUGCUCUUCCRCUUUCUUCUUAUUUUCUUUUCCUCCCCUCUUCAAUUCCCCCCCUCCCCUCCAACCCCUCCUUGAAGGAUAUUGGUAAAAUAGUCACAUAAACUGUUGGUACCAUUUCUAAAUGUUUUAUUUUAAAUACCUUUUAAAACAUUUACACUCACUGGAAAGUGUUUGAUUUGCCAUCCUUCUCGUUUAGUGUAUUCCUAUGUUUCUAAAUUGAUUAAUGUCAAGUAUAAACAGAUUUCAUUUACAGUAUUUUUUACAUUUUUUAAAAGUGUAAUUUAAUUACAUCUUUGUACAGCUAAUGCAAGUGGCUUUGAAUAAAUAAAAUACAGCUGUGUAAAACAUCAGA